UUAAAAAUUAGCAUGGCUAGUGAAUAAAUACUUCUUCACACUGUUAGAUUCUCAAAGACUUUAGAUUUUGACCUAGAAUCGUCAUGCCUGAGCCAGCGAAGUCCGCACCUAAGAAGGGAUCCAAGAAGGCCGUUACUAAAACCGCUGUAAAGGGCGGUAAGAAGCGCAAGAGGUCCAGGAAGGAGAGCUAUGCUAUCUACGUCUACAAGGUCCUGAAGCAGGUUCAUCCUGACACCGGGAUUUCCUCUAAGGCCAUGGGCAUCAUGAACUCUUUCGUCAAUGAUAUUUUCGAGCGUAUCGCCGGUGAGUCCUCUCGUCUCGCUCACUACAACAAGCGCUCCACCAUCACAUCGAGAGAGAUCCAGACCGCCGUGCGUCUGCUGCUGCCCGGUGAACUCGCCAAACACGCCGUGUCUGAGGGGACUAAGGCCGUCACUAAGUACACCAGCUCCAAAUAA